GCUGACUGGCCAUCUGGUGCCACACCACGAUGGGCUGAGGGUCUGGUGCCCAGAACCCGGGGCCCACAUCCCCCUGCCGCCGGCCCCCGAAGGCUGCCCCUGGAGCUGUCGCCUCCUGGGCAUCGGAGGCCACCUUUCCCCACAGGGCAAGCUCACCCUGCCCCACGAGCACCCGUGCUUGAAGGCCCCACGGUUGAGAUGCCAGUCCUGCAAGCUGGUGCAGACCCCAGGGCUCAGGGCAGGGGAACCGUCAGCAGAGGAGCCCACGGGUGGGCGUCGGAAAAGGAAUGUGAAUACAGCCCCCCAGUUCCAGCCCCCCAGCUACCAGGCCACGGUGCCCGAGAACCAGCCAGCAGGUACACCUGUGGCUUCCCUGCGGGCCAUCGACCCAGACGAGGGCGAGGCGGGGCGGCUGGAGUACACCAUGGACGCCCUCUUCGAUAGCCGCUCCAACCACUUCUUCUCCCUGGACCCCAUCACGGGCGCUGUCACCACAGCCGAGGAGCUGGACCGGGAGACCAAGAGCACCCAUGUGUUCAGGGUCACGGCGCAGGAUCACGGCAUGCCCCGGCGCAGCGCCCUGGCCACACUCACCAUCUUGGUGACCGACACCAAUGAUCACGACCCCGUCUUCGAGCAGCAGGAGUACAAGGAGAGCCUCAGGGAGAACCUGGAGGUCGGCUAUGAGGUGCUCACUGUCCGGGCCACGGAUGGCGACGCCCCGCCCAAUGCCAAUAUUCUGUACCGCCUGCUCGAGGGGCCUGGAGGCAGCCCCUCAGACGUCUUUGAGAUCGACCCUCGUUCUGGGGUGAUCCGAACGCGUGGCCCCGUGGACAGGGAGGAGGUGGAAUCCUACCAGUUGACGGUGGAGGCCAGUGACCAGGGUCGGGACCCCGGUCCACGGAGCGCCACAGCCUCUGUUUUCCUGUCUGUGGAGGAUGACAACGACAAUGCCCCCCAGUUCAGUGAGAAGCGCUACGUGGUGCAGGUGCGGGAGGAUGUGGCCCCCGGGGCCCCAGUACUCAGAGUCACAGCCUCCGAUCGAGACAAGGGCAGCAACGCCCUGGUGCAUUACAGCAUCAUGAGUGGCAACGCUCGGGGACAGUUUUACCUGGAUGCCCAGACUGGCGCUCUGGAUGUGGUGAGCCCUCUGGAUUACGAGACGACUAAGGAGUACACCCUACGGGUUCGGGCACAGGAUGGUGGCCGCCCCCCGCUCUCCAACGUCUCUGGCCUGGUGACAGUGCAGGUCCUCGAUAUCAACGACAAUGCUCCCAUCUUCGUCAGCACCCCCUUCCAGGCCACUGUCCUGGAGAGUGUCCCCUUAGGCUACCUGGUUCUCCACGUCCAGGCCAUCGACGCUGACGCCGGGGACAAUGCCCGCCUGGAGUACCGCCUCGCUGGGGUUGGACAUGACUUCCCCUUCACCAUCAACAAUGGCACCGGAUGGAUCUCCGUGGCUGCUGAGCUGGACCGGGAGGAAGUAGAUUUCUACAGCUUUGGGGUGGAAGCCCGAGACCACGGCACCCCCGCGCUCACCGCCUCGGCCAGUGUCAGCGUGACCAUCCUGGACGUGAACGACAACAACCCGACCUUCACCCAACCGGAGUACACGGUGCGGCUCAACGAGGAUGCAGCCGUGGGCACCAGCGUGGUGACCGUGUCGGCCGUGGACCGCGAUGCCCACAGCGUCAUCACCUACCAGAUCACCAGCGGCAACACCCGGAACCGCUUCUCCAUCACCAGCCAGAGUGGUGGCGGGCUGGUGUCCCUGGCUCUGCCGCUGGACUACAAGCUUGAACGGCAGUAUGUGCUGGCUGUCACUGCCUCCGACGGCACGCGGCAGGACACGGCGCAGGUAGUGGUGAACGUCACGGACGCCAACACCCAUCGGCCCGUCUUUCAGAGCUCCCACUAUACGGUGAAUGUCAACGAGGACCGGCCAGCGGGCACCACGGUGGUGCUGAUCAGUGCCACGGACGAGGACACAGGUGAGAAUGCCCGCAUCACCUACUUUAUGGAGGACAGCAUCCCUCAGUUUCGUAUCGAUGCAGACACAGGGGCCGUCACGACGCAGGCGGAGCUGGACUAUGAGGACCAGGUCUCCUACACCCUGGCCAUCACCGCCCGGGAUAACGGCAUUCCCCAGAAGUCUGACACCACCUACCUGGAGAUCCUGGUGAAUGAUGUGAAUGACAACGCCCCUCAGUUCCUGCGAGACUCCUACCAGGGCAGCAUCUAUGAGGACGCGCCCCCUUUCACCAGCGUCCUGCAGAUCUCAGCCACUGACCGUGACUCUGGCCUGAACGGCAGGGUCUUCUACACCUUUCAAGGGGGUGACGAUGGCGAUGGUGACUUUAUUGUAGAGUCCACGUCGGGCAUUGUGCGGACACUCCGGAGGCUGGAUCGUGAGAAUGUGGCCCAGUACGUCUUGCGGGCAUAUGCCGUGGACAAGGGGAUGCCUCCAGCCCGCACGCCCAUGGAAGUGACGGUCACUGUGUUGGAUGUGAACGACAAUCCGCCUGUCUUUGAGCAGGACGAGUUUGAUGUGUUUGUGGAAGAGAACAGCCCCAUUGGGCUGGCCGUGGCCCGGGUCACGGCCACCGACCCUGAUGAAGGCACCAAUGCCCAGAUCAUGUACCAGAUCGUGGAGGGCAACAUCCCCGAGGUCUUCCAGCUGGACAUCUUCUCUGGGGAGCUCACCGCUUUGGUGGACUUGGACUACGAGGACCGGCCUGAAUACGUCCUGGUCAUCCAGGCCACGUCGGCUCCCCUGGUGAGCCGGGCCACCGUCCACGUCCGCCUGCUUGACCGCAAUGACAACCCGCCAGUGCUGGGCAACUUUGAGAUCCUUUUCAACAACUAUGUCACCAACCGCUCCAGCAGCUUCCCCGGGGGUGCCAUCGGCCGUGUGCCUGCCCACGACCCCGACGUCUCGGACAGCCUGACGUACAGCUUCGAGCGGGGAAACGAGCUCAGCCUGGUCUUGCUCAAUGCCUCCACCGGGGAGCUGAGGCUGAGCCGGGCCCUGGACAACAACCGGCCCCUGGAGGCCAUCAUGAGCGUGCUGGUAUCAGAUGGCGUGCACAGUGUGACCGCCCAGUGCGCCCUGCGCGUCACCAUCAUCACGGACGAGAUGCUCACGCACAGCAUCACCCUGCGCCUGGAGGACAUGUCCCCCGAGCGCUUCCUGUCCCCGCUGCUGGGCCUCUUCAUCCAGGCGGUGGCGGCCACGCUGGCCACGCCCCCGGACCACGUGGUGGUCUUCAACGUGCAGCGGGACAAGCCAUAUAUACUAAACUGCCUAACUGCUGUUGCCCUUAAACAGGAGCGCCUGUACCUCAACCGCAGCCUGCUGACGGCCAUCUCCGCGCAGCGCGUGCUGCCCUUCGAUGACAACAUCUGCCUGCGCGAGCCCUGCGAGAACUACAUGCGCUGCGUGUCGGUGCUGCGCUUCGACUCCUCGGCGCCCUUCAUCGCCUCCUCGUCCGUGCUCUUCCGGCCCAUCCACCCCGUCGGGGGCCUGCGCUGCCGCUGCCCGCCCGGCUUCACGGGCGACUACUGCGAGACCGAGGUGGAUCUCUGCUACUCGCGGCCCUGCGGGCCCCACGGGCGCUGCCGCAGCCGCGAGGGCGGCUACACCUGCCUCUGCCGCGACGGCUACACGGGUGAGCACUGUGAGGUGAGUGCCCGCUCAGGCCGCUGCAGCCCUGGCGUUUGCAAGAACGGGGGCACCUGCGUCAACCUGCUGGUCGGCGGCUUCAAGUGCGACUGCCCGUCCGGAGACUUCGAGAAACCCUUCUGCCAGGUGACCACACGCAGCUUCCCUGCUCGCUCCUUCAUCACCUUCCGAGGCCUGCGCCAGCGCUUCCACUUCACGCUGGCCCUCUCGUUUGCCACCAAGGAGCGUGACGGGCUACUGCUCUACAACGGGCGCUUCAACGAGAAGCAUGACUUUGUGGCCCUCGAGGUGAUCCAGGAGCAGGUCCAGCUGACCUUCUCUGCAGGGGAGUCCACCACCACCGUGUCCCCGUUUGUGCCAGGGGGAGUCAGCGAUGGCCAGUGGCACACAGUACAGCUGAAGUACUACAAUAAGCCUCUGUUGGGCCAGACAGGGCUCCCCCAGGGCCCAUCAGAGCAGAAGGUAGCUGUGGUGACGGUGGAUGGCUGUGACACAGGGGUGGCCCUGCGCUUCGGAGCUGUGCUGGGCAACUACUCCUGCGCUGCCCAGGGUACCCAGGGUGGCAGCAAGAAGUCUCUGGAUCUGACAGGGCCCCUGCUGCUGGGCGGGGUGCCUGACCUGCCCGAGAGCUUCCCUGUCCGCACGCGGCACUUCGUGGGCUGCAUGAGGAACCUGCAGGUGGACAGCCGGCACGUGGACAUGGCCGACUUCAUCGCCAACAACGGCACCGAGCCCGGCUGCCCUCCCAAGAAGAACGUGUGUGAUAGCAGCACUUGCCACAACGGAGGCACCUGCGUGAACCAGUGGGACGCGUUCAGCUGCGAGUGCCCUCUGGGCUUUGGGGGCAAAAGCUGUGCCCAGGAAAUGGCCAACCCCCAGCGCUUCCUGGGCAGCAGCCUGGUGGCUUGGCAUGGCCUCUCACUGCCCAUCUCCCAGCCCUGGCACCUCAGCCUCAUGUUCCGCACACGCCAGGCCGACGGUGUCCUACUGCAGGCCGUCACCAGGGGGCGAAGCACCAUCACCCUGCAGCUGCGGGCGGGCCAUGUCGUGCUGAGUGUGGAGGGCACGGGCCUCCAGGCCUCCUCGCUCCGCCUGGAGCCAGGCCGGGCCAAUGACGGCGACUGGCACCAUGCACAGCUGGCGCUCGGAGCCAGCGGGGGCCCUGGCCAUGCCAUCCUGUCCUUCGACUAUGGGCAGCAGCGGGCGGAGGGAAACCUGGGCCCCCGGCUGCACGGGCUGCACCUGAGCAACAUUACGGUGGGAGGAGUGCCUGGGCCGGCCAGCGGUGUGGCCCGAGGCUUUCGGGGCUGUUUGCAGGGUGUGCGGGUGAGCGAGACACCCAAGGGUGUCAGCAGCCUGGAUCCCAGCCGCGGGGAAAGCAUCAAUGUGGAGCCGGGCUGUAGCCUGCCAGAUCCCUGUGACUCGAACCCGUGUCCUGCCAACAGCUACUGCAGCGACGACUGGGACAGCUAUUCCUGCAGCUGUGAUCCAGGUUACUAUGGUGACAACUGUACUAAUGUGUGUAACCUGAACCCAUGUGAGCACCAGUCCACGUGCACCCGAAAGCCCAGCGCCCCCCACGGCUACACCUGCGAGUGUCCCCCAAAUUACCUUGGGCCAUACUGUGAGACCAGGAUCGACCAGCCUUGCCCCCGAGGGUGGUGGGGGCACCCCACGUGCGGCCCAUGCAACUGUGAUGUCAGCAAAGGCUUCGACCCAGAUUGCAACAAGACAAGCGGCGAGUGCCACUGCAAGGAGAACCACUACCGCCCCCCUGGUAGCCCCACCUGCCUCCUGUGCGACUGCUACCCCACGGGCUCCUUGUCCCGAGUCUGUGACCCUGAGGACGGCCAGUGUCCAUGCAAGCCGGGGGUCAUUGGGCGCCAGUGCGACCGCUGUGACAACCCCUUUGCUGAGGUCACCACCAAUGGCUGUGAAGUGAAUUACGACAGCUGCCCACGGGCCAUCGAGGCAGGGAUCUGGUGGCCCCGUACCCGCUUCGGGCUGCCUGCUGCUGCCCCCUGCCCCAAAGGCUCCUUUGGGACCGCUGUGCGCCACUGUGACGAGCACAGGGGAUGGCUCCCCCCAAACCUCUUCAACUGCACCUCACUCACCUUCUCAGAGCUGAAGGGCUUUGCUGAGCGGCUGCAGCGAAACGAGUCGGGCCUGGACUCCGGGCGCUCCCAGCGGCUGGCCCUGCUGCUGCGCAACGCCACCCAGCACACGGCGGGCUACUUCGGCAGUGAUGUCAAGGUGGCCUACCAGCUGGCCACACGGCUGCUGGCCCACGAGAGCGCCCAGCGGGGCUUCGGGCUCUCGGCCACCCAGGACGUGCACUUCACUGAGAAUCUGCUGCGGGUGGGCAGCGCCCUCCUGGACGCAGCCAACAAGCGGCACUGGGAGCUGAUCCAGCAGACGGAGGGCGGCACCGCCUGGCUGCUGCAGCACUACGAGGCCUACGCCAGCGCGCUGGCCCAGAACAUGCGGCACACCUACCUCAGCCCCUUCACCAUCGUCACGCCCAACAUCGUCAUCUCCGUGGUUCGCCUGGACAAGGGGAACUUCGCAGGGGCCAAGCUGCCCCGCUACGAGGCGCUGAGGGGGGAGCGGCCCCCGGACCUUGAGACCACGGUCAUUCUGCCCGAGUCUGUCUUCAGAGAAGCACCCCCCGUGGUCAGGCCCGCGGGCCCCGGGGAGGCCCAGGAGCCCGAGGAGCUGUACCGCACCCUGGCCGGGCUGCUGCCCCAUAACUAUGACCCGGACAAGCGCAGCCUGAGGGUUCCCAAGCGCCCCGUCAUCAACACGCCCGUGGUGAGCAUCAGCGUCCAUGACGACGAAGAGCUGCUGCCCCGCGCCCUGGACAAGCCCGUCACCGUGCAGUUCCGGCUGCUGGAGACGGAGGAGCGGACCAAGCCCAUCUGUGUCUUCUGGAACCACUCGAUCCUGGUCAGUGGCACAGGCGGCUGGUCGGCCCGAGGCUGCGAAGUCGUCUUCCGCAACGAGAGCCACGUCAGCUGCCAGUGCAACCACAUGACAAGCUUCGCCGUGCUCAUGGAUGUGUCCCGACGGGAGAACGGGGAGAUCCUGCCGCUGAAGACCCUGACGUACGUGGCCCUAGGGGUCACCUUGGCUGCCCUGCUGCUCACCUUCCUCUUCCUCACUCUCCUGCGUGCCCUGCGCUCUAACCAGCACGGCAUCCGCCGGAACCUGACUGCCGCCCUGGGCCUGGCUCAGCUGGUCUUCCUCCUGGGAAUCAACCAGGCUGACCUCCCUUUCGCUUGCACAGUCAUCGCCAUCCUGCUGCACUUCCUGUUCCUCUGCACCUUCUCCUGGGCUCUGCUGGAGGCCUUGCACCUGUACCGGGCGCUCACCGAGGUGCGCGACGUCAAUGCCGGCCCCAUGCGCUUCUACUACAUGCUGGGCUGGGGUGUGCCCGCCUUCAUCACAGGUCUAGCUGUGGGCCUGGACCCCGAAGGCUAUGGGAACCCCGACUUCUGCUGGCUCUCCAUCUACGACACCCUCAUCUGGAGUUUCGCUGGCCCCGUGGCCUUCGCUGUCUCGAUGAGUGUCUUCCUGUACAUCCUGGCGGCCCGGGCCUCCUGUGCUGCCCACCGGCAGGGCUUUGAGAAGAAGGGCCCCGUCUCGGGCCUGAGGCCCUCCUUCGCUGUCCUGCUGCUGCUCAGUGCCUCGUGGCUGCUGGCACUGCUCUCCGUCAACAGCGACACUCUCCUCUUCCACUACCUCUUCGCUGCUUGCAAUUGCAUCCAGGGCCCCCUCAUCUUCCUCUCCUACGUGGUGCUUAGCAAGGAGGUCCGGAAAGCACUCAAGUUUGCCUGCAGCCGUAAGCCCAGCCCUGACCCUGCUCUGACCACCAAGUCUACCCUGACCUCGUCCUACAACUGCCCCAGCCCGUACGCGGAUGGGCGGCUGUACCAGCCCUAUGGAGACUCGGUCGGCUCUCUGCACAGCGCCAGCCGCUCGGGCAAGAGCCAGCCCAGCUACAUCCCCUUCUUGCUGAGGGAGGAGUCCACACUGAACCCUGGGCAGGCGCCCCCUGGCCUGGGGGACCCCAGCAGCCUAUUCCUGGAAGGUCAAGACCAGCAGCAUGACCCUGACACAGACUCCGACAGUGACCUGUCCCUAGAAGAUGACCAGAGCGGCUCCUAUGCCUCGACCCACUCAUCGGACAGCGAGGAGGAGGAGGAGGAGGAGGCGGCGGCCGCCUUCCCCGGAGAGCCGGCCUGGGACAGCCUGCUGGGGCCCGGGGCCGAGAGGCUACCCCUGCACAGCACCCCCAAGGACGGCGUCUCGGGGCCUGGGAAGGCCCCCUGGCCGGACUUUGGGACCACAGCGAAGGAGAGCGGUGGCCAUGGGGCCCCUGAGGAGCGUCCUCGGGAGAAUGGAGAUGCCCUGGCGUGGGAGGGGUCCCUGGGCCCCCUUCCAGGCCUCUCUGCCCAACCUCACAAAGGCAUCCUCAAGAAGAAGUGUCUGCCCACCAUCAGCGAGAAGAGCAGCCUCCUACGACUGCCCCUGGAGCAGGGCACGGCGUCUUCUCGGGGCUCUUCGGCCAGCGAGGGCAGCCGGGGCGGGCCCCCUCCCCGCCCACCACCCCGACAGAGUCUCCAGGAGCAGCUGAACGGGGUCAUGCCCAUCGCCAUGAGCAUCAAGGCGGGCACGGUGGACGAGGACUCGUCAGGCUCCGAAUUCCUCUUCUUUAACUUCCUGCAUUAACCCCGGGCCGGUGGUUCCCACACCCCAGGCUCCCUUGCCUUCCCCAGCGGCACUCAUGCCCCACUCCUGUCUUGUGCUUUAUCCUGCCCCCGCUCCCCGCCGCCUGCCCGCAGCAGCGAUGAAACGUCCAUCUGAGGAGCCUGGGCCUUGCCAGGAGGGGCACCCCCCCCCAAGGCCAUCUAGUGCCAACUCCCUCCCCCACCAGCCCCUCACUGCACUUUGGACCCCUGGGGCCAACAUCUCCAAGACAAAGUUUUUCAGAAAAGAGGAAAAAAAAAUUUAAAAAAGGAUCUCCACUCUCAUGACUUCAGGGAUUAAUUUUUUUUAUAUGCUGGAAACUGACUCCCCAUUCCCUCCCCAAAGAGGAUAGGACCUCCAGGAGGCUCCCAGCCUCUCCUCGGUUUCCCAUCUGCUGUGCCUCUGGGAGGAGAGGGACUCUUGGGGGGCCUGCCCCUCAUUUGCCAUCACCAAAAGGAAAGGACGAAGCCACACGCACCCAGGGCGCCGAGCCCGGCAGGCUGCCCCGGCCCCGCCUGGGCCGCCCCUCCCAGGAACUGAAGAAGCCCGUCUGGAGAGGGAGCCAAAGGACUCGGCGCCCCCGGACCCCCAAAUGCUGCAUGAACACAUGUUGAGGGGAACCCGUGCCCCGGGCGGCGGCCGGGCCACCCCUGCUCCUCUCCUUUUCCUGGACUCGGCCACGCGCUGCAGCCCAGGCGUUUGCUCAGUUCGCUGACCCGAAAGUGCUUCAUUUCCCUGCCAGACCCGCACGCCCCGCGGGGAAGGCCAGUCAUGUUCAGUUGCGCUUCUUUGCUGUCGUGUGGGUGGGACGGGGAGAAGAGUGAAUACAGAGCUGGCUCAGUCGCUCCCGGCAUCGGCCUAAAGGCUGGGUUCUGGGGUCCUCCCAAGGUCAGGCUGAGGACCCCACUCAGCUGCUGUGGCCUCUGAGACUUGUUCUAGUUUUAACCCCUUCUGGGAAUUGGCUCUCUUCUUCAAAGGACCAGGUCCUGUUCCUCUUUCUCCUUCUCCCCCCGCCCCAGCUCCCUGCGAAGAGAGAGUUAAUAUAUAUUUUUUAUUUAUUUGCUUUUUUUGUGUGUGUGUGGGGAUGGGUUGGUAUCCGGUCCCAGGGGGUCUGAUGUGGCUGUUACAGGUUGGGUAUGUGCCCCGCAGUCCUGGCAUGGGGCCCAAGGCCCUUCCCCUUGCUCCAGGCUGUCAUCUCCCUGCCCCUCCUCCCCCUCCUCAGUUUUGCCAACUGCUACUCAUGUGAGUCACCGUUUCUGCUCAGCAUGUAAUCCAGACUUGUCAUGGACUUGCCUCUGGAGCAGGUGAAAAGCUCCCGUUUCUCAUGUGUAAGGCUGGUCUCUGGUUUUCCUGCCCCGGUUUCUCCCCUCUCCCCUCAGUAAUUCCUGCAAAGGGUUAAACAUGUCACUGGUUUUCACUACUGAUGACUUGACUUAAAAAAAUACAGAUGCUGGAUGCUAACUUGACAUUAACCAUCAGAUUGUACAGUUUGUUACUGUAAAUACCGUAGGGUUUUGUGCUUGUUUUUGUUGUUUUAUUUUUUCCAUUUUCCCAUACUACUGAAUAAACUAGUUCUGUGCGGGUUGA